CAUCCGUACACAGCCGCCUCAGUUCUCCGGUUCGGUUCGUCGGAGAGAUUUCACGAGUUCUGACGAGUUCGCAUUACAUUUCUGGAAGUGUUUCUAUUCCGUGGUGACGGCCUCAAGAAGAAGUGAAGAGCAAAAUAAGUGGAGCUUCCGUAGCGCUGUUUAUCCAACUUCCGUGCAUUUGGGGUCACUGUCAGGGACCGCGGGGUGUUCUUUGCGGCGUAUUUUGUGGGCCUUUCGGGCCCCCUAAACAGUGGUGGUGUCUUUGUGUGCCCGAAUAGAAGGAAAAAAAAACAGAGAAAGAGCGCAAAAGAAACGCGGAGUUGCGGACGCAGUGGCAGGCACGGCAAACAUGGUGAUUUCGUCCAGAUUGCCCGCAGGAGCGACUCUUUGUGGGAUUCCGGGUGGAUACUGUGUGAAAAGUGGGACAUUUUGUGAUGCAAUUAGGCGGUGAAGGAGCCGCACAAGGAAGGUGGGAAGAAGAAAAGGCAAGAAAGUUCCAAAUCGAUGAGGAAAAACUCAUUCGAUACGCAUUGUGGUGGUUGUGUGUGAGUGCGGUGUUUUUCUCGCACACACAGAGAACAAGCCUGAGGAGCUUGUGAAUGAGAGAGAAGAGAAGAAACUCGGUGACGGUUCCACAACCCCGCGCGGAGUACGCGAGUAAAGAGAACCCGAACUCCGGGUACGAGAACUAUUUCCUCCCGGCAACAUCCACCCCCCCAUUGAGGAAGGGAAGAAGUGUCUUCCGCCCUCUCCCUCCAAGAAGGAACCGUGUCAAGUGCGUGUGUGGUGUGUGCAUCAAAUGAAAUUGCAUCGAUUGGGGGGCACCAUUGGACGCUAUUGUGGCAGAAGGCGCGCAAAGUUGAUGGAUAGAGCACCAAAUGACUAGAAAUUCCUCUUAUAUGGCGCUCUCAUUCGUACGCCUCUGUGCUGUGUUUACCUUUGGAUUAUUCCUCACCAAUGGAUUCCUCUCAGUGUUUGCCUUUAUCAACAAAGAUGGACCGGGCCCCAGAUUGAGUUUUGCCCACGAGCCACCAACCCUGGGGAUUGUGUCGAGAAAAUCUCCUCUUCUCCUGCCAUGCUCUGUGAAUUUCACACGUGAUUUUUCUUAUGCCGGUGUGGAUAUUAACUUUGAUGGAGAUGAUGAUAAUUAUGACGAUGUUGACGAUAAUGAUGGGGAUGAAGGUCUUAAUACCAAUAAUUACGAGGAUAAUCCAAAAUUUACGCUAUCUCAUCGCAAUGCAGAAGAUUUUGCGAAUUUCGUUGAAAUUAAGUCUACUUACGAUUCAAGUGUAAUAAAUGAUGAGGACAAUGAUGCGAAGGAGGAUACCGAUGAUGAUUUCGAUGGAUUUCGAUUUCGUCGUCAAAUUUCCGAUCCGUCGUUUUCUUAUGUUUGGUACCGCAAUGGGGAAAUUCUUGUGGAACAAAAUCACAAUUUUCGGAUCUUCCCCAAUGGAACACUCAAGAUUUUCUAUUCGGACUAUGCAAAUGGCAUCUACAGAUGUUUGGUCAAUGAUACUAAAUCAAUUUAUGGCGCUAUUAUUUCUCGUGAGAGUAAAAUAUACAAAACAGAAUUCACACGUGGGAGUAACGAAUCGAGUAUAUUGGUGGAAGUUGGGAGUCCCUUAGUAUUAAAUUGCCCCUUUAGCAGCACACCGAGGGCAAAUGUGACGUGGUUUUUCAAGUCAAAGAGCAUCCUUUCACCCACAGUCGAUGGACGAGAUAACAGAUUCUUUCAGCUGCAGAAUGGCAGUUUACUCAUUGUGAACGCCAAGAGUACAGAUAGUGGCAAAUACAAGUGUGUUGCGAAAAAUGAGUAUUUGCAGAAAUCUGAAAGGAUUUUCAUGCCACAAGUUACGGUGAUGUCCUCAAGGAACAAUCGCUAUGGAUUGUUUCCGGCACUCCAAGAAGUAGAGCAGAAGAUUAUUAGUGGUGACACAAUGCAGCUGUUCUGUGUCCCAUUUGGUGGGGAAAAUGUGGAAUGGAGUUUCACGCCGAGAACAUCGUCGAUACCGAUAAAAUUAAGUGGCGUUAAAUACGAAUUGAAGUACACAAAUGUCUCUCGUGAGCAGCACGAAGGGGUCUACAAUUGCUCCACGAGGGCGUCUUAUCAGGUUUUCAACGUUACUAUCCUCAUUCCGCCAGCAUUUGAACAAAAUUUAUCCUCUGUGGCAUCCACAAUGGGGGCUUCGGUGACACUGUCGUGUAUGGCAAGUGGAAGCCCUCAGCCAUGGAUAACGUGGUACCACAAUGGGAGACUCCUAAAGAAUUCCCAUGCAAUCCACUAUGAUGACCACGAGCUGAGAUUACAGUCGAUUGAGCCGGAAGAUGAGGGGAUUUACCAGUGUUUUGCGAAAAAUGACGCCGGUGAGAUACAAAUGUCGGCGAAUUUGUCGCUGAGGAAGAGAAAGAAACUGUCGCGAUUGUACAAUGUGAAAUGCUAUCCAGUCAAUUACACCACUGUUCGCGUACAAUUUGACUCCCUCGAACCCAUUCAUAUGGUGAAUUACUACCUCGCCACGGAGAAUCCCUACACGUGGCUAUCACCGCGUCCACUGGAGAUUCGGCGCAACAAUACCGUGAUUAUUGUUGGGGAAAUGGCACCCCUAAAGGCCUACACGCUGUACAUUAGGGGUCACAAGAAGGAUCACAUUGAGACAAUUGGGAAGCACGUGAAGACGCACAUGCUCAUGGGGAGGCUCUCAAAGGGUGUUAAAUGUGCCACCCAAGGAUUGGAAAUUUUCUCCACACCUUUCCCCAGUGGGAUCUUUAUUUGGUGGCCCCACGUGAAGGAUCUCCCAAUUGAGUCGUUUAGGAUUCAAUUUAGGCAUAGGGACACGAAGAAUCCCAUUGUUUUCUCGGACCAAAUCAUCGGAACCACCUGUGAGUUGGAUGAGUAUCGGACGUGGCAGGAGAUUGAGAGUAAUUUAACGAAGAUUGCGGCAGAGACGAAUAUUGUCACGGUACGAUUGAGACGGGAUUUGGCAGCACUUGAGGGUACGCAAAUGAUGGAUUCGGUGGAGAAUGCAAAUUCAGGCAUGUGGGAUGGUGGGAGUACAACGGAAAAUCCAAGGAGAUCCACAAAUUUGGGGUACAAUGAAACAAGGACGGAACUUUUAAUCCCCGGCAAUGUGACCGGAAUCCUCAUUCCGAAUUCAAGUAAGAUCGAAGUGAGGGUUCUCGGGGCGACACCAGAUAAUCCCAUUGAUGAGCAGGAUUUGCAGUUUAUCCCUUGGAAGACGAUCGAAAAUUCCCCAAAUGGUGUUUCCCAGCUCCGUGUGAAUGCGGUCAAUGCCAAGAGUGUCCAACUUUCUUGGAAUUCAUUUGGACCCAAACAUGCCAAUUCAUGCCUCAAACUCUGCUUCAGAAACAUCAAUCAGGAUGUCCUCAUACGUGGUGGGAAGAAUGAUGAAUGCCAAACGAUCAAUGCAAAUAGCUCAUCGGUGGAGGUGAAAUCAUUGCCACCAUUUACCAAGUACCGAAUGUAUUUGAGCAAUUGCAAUUCGACACAACCCAUCACCGAUGUCAUCUACGUGCAGACACAUCAAGAUGUUCCUGGUCCAGUGACAAAGCACCGACUCACAUGGAAUGAUGGCAUAACACUCCAUUGGGGACCACCGGUGAAUCCCAAUGGUGUCCUACAGUAUUAUUCAAUUGUGUGGAACACGAAGGAGAUGGAGAUGUCGGCAAAUGUUAGCAUCAAUGAGAAUACCUUUAAGUUGUCGAAUGUGACGGUCAUGGAUCGAAUUAAUAUAACAAUUCGUGCCGUGGGAAGUGCUGGUGUUGGUAUUCCCAUUUACGUGAAUCUUCCAGGAGAGAAGGCGACAAAGGAGGUGGAUGACAAGGAGAGUACGACAAAAGCAAAAUAUUUGGGGAUUCUUAUUGGGGUUCUCCUGUCCUUGGUGAUUGUCUUUAUUUUUGCCGUGGUAUUCAUUAAAUUUCGCAGCUGUACGAAAAAUCGGCAAAAUGGGGUGAAUCACAAUGCAAAUAUGGCCUAUGAUCAGUCAAUGCAUCCAUGUAGUCGGGAUAAUCAUGAGAUGCAGACGCUAAUUCCGCAAAUGGGCUUAACAACGACAACAUUCGUCAGUACACCGAAUGGGAAUGCAAAGCAUGGGAUUCUCGAUAGUUUUACUGAGAGUGAAUCGAGGCGAGAGAAUGGGGGACAAAUUGCCCUCAAUUCCUCCCCGAGGGUUAGUAGGGGUGCCAAGGGGAGGUCCGAUGGGGAGGAAGAGAGUAGUAGGGAUGUGAGUGAUGAGUCCGAGAAUACCCUGAGGAUGGAUGAGUGUACAGCAUCAAAGGAGGGGUCACCCGUGUCAAAGAAGAAUAUCAAUGGAAAUGGGAAUAUGAUUCGUAUGAAUGGUUCCGUAAAGACGCUGAAUUUCACACCGCCGCAACAUUCCACAACUAUUUUACCACCGAAUCAGCAGACCCCCAUUAACAACAAUGUUCAGUGCAAUGGGAGAAAUUUGCACGAUGCAUCCGUUGAUUCCAUUGACUUCGAUGACAGCCAGCAGCAACUUUUGGGGCAUUCAACACCGAAAAGUGCAAAAAAUACCCCGAAUCACGUUACACACGAUCGAUGCAACGACAUCAAAUAUCACAAUGGUUCCAGUGAAAUCCUAUCCCCAAAUCACAAUGGUAUCACAAAGUGUGAUGACACCUACAAUUGGAUUGUCAACAAUGUGGGGAGUGGGAAGAGUCAUCAGAACAACGAUCACACCUAUCGAAGACCAAUUGUUGGACCAAAUGGAUAAAAAGAUGAGACAAUUCACCGUGAUCGCUGCCAGGUAAAAGAAAACACUCCAUUUUUUUUUAAUUCACGUGCUCUCCCUCAUGUGCCACAGAAAACUCUCUCCACGCCCCAAACUUUUUUUUAAAAGAAAUUUUUAAAAAUAUUUUCCCGCUAAGAAAAAAAAACUAAGCAGAAUGAAAAGAAAAUUCUACAGCGUAUCCAAGGGUUGUGAUCAUGAUCUUGCGCUUGAAAACAAGAUCAGUUUUUAAUGACGUCCUACUUUCGAUCUCACAAAUGCGCGAUCAAAGAUCAAUGGACAAUUUUGGGCGUCAUACUGCGCCACUUAAUUGCUCAACGAACUCGAAUGAUUUGAUCUUUGAUCUAUGCAUGAUCAUCAGUGAUCACUGAUUUUGACUUUAAUGAAAACAAAAAGAUACAAACUUCCUUAAAAAAUUCAUUGAUCUUUUUCGGCUGACUUUUUUUUUACAAAAAUAAAUUUUAUUCAAAAUUUUUCGGUAUUUAUUUUGUAUUUUAAAUUAGUUGUAUGAUCUUAAAAGAUCAUGAUCUUGACUGCAUAGAUAAAACAACCUUGUUACUUUUUUUUUCGGCUAAUAUAUCAAUCACAAAUUGUGAGCUUCGAUGGGUUUUAAACGCGAGAAAGAGAAACAAAAAUAUGUCAAAUAGGAGGCUAAUUGUAUCGAGAUUUAUGCUUGACUUACAUAAUACUUUAUGUUUGGUUGCUAGGAAUUUUUUUCUGGCUGAGAGAAAAUGAAGAAUGCCAUCAAGAAGUGAAUUUUCUGUUGAAAAUUGUCUAAUUUUUCAAUUUUAGACCGAUAUUUUAGCCCCAAAUCGUUUCCUUUGGGAACAGUUUGUCUUAAGCAAUCAAACAUCAAGUUCUAUGUACUUGAAGCAUAAGUAGAAUCAUGGUGUAAAAAAUAUCUAUUCUCUGAAGAAAGAUAAAAACAAAAUGAAAAAUAAUUAUGAAAAAGGAUAUUAACCUUGCUGUCUUCACCAUUUGGUCUUAAAAAAAUGCGAAGAUUUAUUGCAUAAAGUUUUGUAAGGGUAUUUUUUGGAAUAUUUUUUAAGAUUGGAUAAAUCUUUCGAAUGAUAAAAAUUAGUUUUUAGUGAUGAACUACAAAAAAUGGUGGCAGAUUGAAAUCUCAUUAUUAUAAUUUAUGGGUUAAAAAAAAAUACUUCUUUAUUAUAAAAAUUACAACAAAAAAAUUACCAUUUCGCUCAAGAAUAAGGAGACAAAAAGUAAGUAUAUGGAGUAUAUAAUUAAUAUGAUUUUUUUUAAAAUUUAUACAACUUAAUGUAUAGAUUUUGAGAAAAACUUUUUUUUUGCCUUGUUGCAUGCAAGAAUUUAAUUUUUCGUCGUGAAAUGCAAAAUUAAAUAUUAUAAAAAUGAAUAAAAAAAAAUCAAGAAAGAAACCUAAAAGAGAGUUAGAUUUAAAGAAAAAAAAAGUAGGGGCUACUAAAGGGAGGUAUAAGGAAGUUAGAUACGUAUAUGUUAAAUAAUUACCGUUAGUUCUUGUACCUGAUUACAUCAUAUAGAUAUUUUUUAAAGAAACAUAUAUUACAACAUAAAACAAAAAAAUAUUAUGAAAAAUAAACCAACACAAAUAACAUUGCAUAAAAGCACAUUUCUUUCACACACACUUUUUUUCCUUUUGCAUUUCACAAACUAUUGUGUAAAAGAAACAUUCUUUAAAAAAAACAAAAAUUCUCCCCAAGAAAAUAUUUCCUUUAAUUUUUUCUUAUCGUACACGAUGGCAUUGUCUUUAAUUGGCUCUAAAAUAACUUUCAAAAACAAAUAAUACACAAAAAAAGGAUAAGUGCAUAAAAAAUUCAAAUUAAGAAAAAAUAAGAUAAAUUUACAAAAAAAAAGUUUUUUACUUAAGGGACGAAAUUAAGGUCAAAUCUAACGGCAAAAAAAAACAUUUUAUUGUGCCUUUAUUGUACAAAAAAAAAAGAAACAAUUUGAGAAAAAAAAAUGAUUUAAAAAUACAUAAUUGAAAUUUUUGCAAAUUUCGAAAAUUGAAGGAAAAAUUUUGAAAAAAAAAAUGAAAGCACGUUAAUUACCAGUUAAAUCAGAAAAGGAAAAAAAUGUUACAAGUAUAAAAAAAAUACCAGAUUUAAACAUAGAAAUGGGAAGAUAUUGAAUAUUUUGAGAAAAAGAAAAGAUUUAUUGAAUGGGUACGAGAAUGGAUAAGAAAGGCUUUUUUCCUUAUAGGUCUUAGGCAACACACAAACACAAAGUUUUGUGUGAAGAAUUAAUUGAAAUGGGCAAAGGAUGAAUAACAAACCCUAUAAAUUUAUAUCUCUUAACUUUCUGUCAUUUGUGUAAAUCAUUGUGGACAAUUUAUUAAGUGUGCCCUCCCUUUUCUUAAUUAAUUAAUAGGUAAUAUUAUUAAUUAUAUUUUCUAAUUAUUAUAAAAAACAAAAACAUUUUUCCCAAUUUUAGUGGUAAUCAAAGAUGCAAAAAAAACUCUCAUGAAUUAUUUUUUAAUAAAAGGAAACAAGAAAAACUACUAAUAAGGGAAAGAAAAUUUCAGAUAACAUUUUUUUCAGAUAAAUGGAAUUUUUUAUAGAAAAAAAAUCACACAGUGCCAAUAAAUAUAAAACCAUUAAAUCCCAGAAAAACCACACAAUAGAAUAAUUCUAGCAACAGUGUUAUUUAUUUAAUAUAAAACAAAAUGAAAAUCAAUACAUAAAAAACCAGAUUUUUUAAUUAUAUUUAUUAAACAGAAACACAUAAAAGUGCAAUAGACAGCUUUAAGGUUUAAUUUUUUUUUUUCAAAUUUAAACACACACAGAACUUUUUUAUAAAAAAAAUCUCUUCCACUUCAACCAUUUUUAUUUCCAUAAAAUGAUUUUUUCAUUCCUUUAUUUUAUUCCUGUUUUUAUUUUUCUUGCUUAAUGUGCAUUUAAAUAACAUGAUUAAAAAACAUUCAAUAUGAAUGAUUUCCUUUUUAUUGGGAAAUUCCUCAAGAGUACGUUGAAUUUGGAACUGAAACUUCAACUUUUUAUCAUUUUUUUUAAACUGGAAUGUGAUUACCACUUAUAAGAUUUUCUCCCAAAAAGAGUCCAAUUAAAAUUUUUAAUCUUAAAAAUAUUAGCGAAUUCUAAUUUUUCAGAGUUUUGGUUUAUUUUUAGGUUUUUAUUAAUAAUUUUCUCGUUUUUUUUUUAUUUUUUUAAAUUAAUUUUUGAUUGUUUGCUAAAUAUCUCCGGAAAGUAUUUGAAGCAUAUUUAAUUCAUUGAUUGUUUCCAAAAAAAGGAGUCUAUUCAUUUUUGCUAGUGGCAUGAUUUAUUUUAAGUUUAGACGAAAAAAAAAUAUUUUGACAUUUCAUUGAGUUUUGUAAAAAAAAAAGUUGUUUUUCUUUUCGCUACUUUUAUUUUAUAAAAGAAAAGGAUCUAAUGUUUUUAAUAUUAAAAAGUUUUCCAUCCGAUAUUUUUUAUUUUGAAAAAUAUUUUAACAAUGUACUUAAACAUUAUUGCUCCUAAAAGCAACCAAAACUCAAUAAAAAAAAACUACUAGAAUUCGCUAAACGGUUUGAAUAUAACUUUUUAAUUUUUGUAUUUAAUUACUGAACAUUUUUUUUUCAAUUUAUUGAAUGUUCUAUUUUUAAUAGAAUUUCCAAAAACGUCCAACAUUGUGUGAAUUUUUUUUUUAAUUUUGCAAAAGAAAAUAAAUUGAGAUGGGGAUACAUAAAAAAUAUCUAUGUAAAAUGUUUGUAAAGUGUAAGGAAUAUUUGUAAAAAAGAAAUUAAGACACAAAAAAGAUAAAAGAAUGUUGUAAUGUUUUUGAGAAAAACAAACAAAGAAUGAAAAAGUUAUUCAUGUUAAAUAUGAAAACAGAGAAAUAUUUGGCACUGGAAGAUUUAUUAUUACUGUAAAUGCAGAGAAAUUAUGAGUAAAGUAAAAGCUUCGCAAAGGGAAGCUGUAUGAAUGGGGGGAAAAAGAAAAGAAAUUUGCCGUUUUUUGUCAAUUCUAUUGAAUGUUGAUGACAAAAAUAGAGGGGGAGAGAAUGAUUCCUCUCCAUUUUAUUUCUAUAAUUUGGUUCUAUAAAACUACACACAUGAAAUAAAAAAAAAAAGUAAAUUCUGGGAGAAAAAUUUGCAAUAGUUGUGGGACAAAGACAAUAUAUCACAUUUAUAUACGAAAGGCUAAAGAAAAUGAAAAGGUAUUUUUUUUUCUUUUUUUUUUAAUAAACUUAGAAAACAAAUCUAAUUUCCAUAAUAUUUAAUUUAAUAAGAAGAGGCUAGAAGAAUCACACAAAUAUUUCUUUAUCUCAUUUUUCCUUGCAAUGUUUUAUUUUAUCUAUCAAAUUAUUUGUUUUCUUUUUUUUUUUAAUUCACAAAGAAUUCAGUAAAAAAAUAUCUAAAUUGCUUAAUUUGUUUUAAUUAAGUCAGAAUGAAAAGAAAAGUAUGCACUUCUUUUGAUUUAUGAUUUUCUUUUUUGCAUUUUUAUUUUAAAUUCUUUCCUAUCUUUAUUAACACUCCAAAGUUUAAUUAGCUGAAGUUUCAAUAAACAAAUCAGAAAGAAUUUUUUAAAUUCUUCAGCACAAAAAAAAUCAACCACAAGAAAGUUUUUUUUUUAAAUUAAAAAUGCACUCACUUCUUUUUUUAAUGAUAGUUACCAUUUUUUGUAAUAUUAUUUUUAUAACAAUUUAAGAGGAAAAGUAAACCUAAAAAAAAACUGAAAGAAGAUUAUUUUGUAAAUAAUUUUUGGUAAUAUUUGUAUUUUAUUGUUUUCACCGUAAUAUUUUAUUUUUUUUAGCGAUAGUAACUUCUUAAUUCUUUUUUAUUGCGUUGAGUGGAUAAGAAUGGAUAUUUUUUUCGUUUUGAAAUCUCCCAUUUUUUUGUUAACGAACAAUCUUUUAAUUUCAUGACAAAUUAAUAUUGAUGAGAUUCUUUUAAUUAAAGGCUUUUUUUUAAAUCAAGUUCUAAAGAGGGUUAAUAACAACACCAAACAUUCCGCAAGAAAAAAUUUUCACCACCAACAAGCAUUUUAAUUUUCUUAAUGAAAAUAAUAACAAACAAUAAAAAGAACGUAACAGAAAAUAAUUACCUCCAAUUUUUAUAUUCACCAUAAUCCUGUUUUUUUACAAACAAACAAUAGACCAAGUUUUCUUUUUUAAUAGAUAUUUGGAUAAAAAAAAGAAAAGAUAUUAUAAAAGAGAAAAAAGCAAAAUAUAUUAAGUUAUAAAAAUGCUAAUUGUUAUGAUUAUAUUGCUUUUAAAUAGAGCAGCUGAGACGAAAAAAAGAGAUAUGAUUGUUUUAAUUUUUUUUAUAUAAAAAGUAUAAAAAAUAGUUUAUUUUUAUUUUAGAAGAAAAUGAAACUUUUUUUGAUAAAAAAGUAAGAUACGACGAAAAUUACCUUUCAGAAAUGAAAGUUUGUUCUACCUCAUAAGUUUCAGAUUUUAAUUAUUUUUAAUAUAUUUAUUUUAUUAAUAUUUUUUUCUUCUAUUUUUUUUUGCUCUAAAGUAGAAUUUUCUUAAGUAUUUCCUUUGCAACGAAGAAAAAAGAGAUAUGCAUAUUUUGGCAGGAUUUUUUUUUUAAAUAAAAUGUUUGAAUGUAAGAUGAUGAAAAAAUUCUCGAAAUUACAAAAAAAAUGAAAGAGAAGAAGGGAAAAAAUUUAAUGUUACUUGUGAUUUCAUAAUAUUUGCAAUUAUGAAAUGAAUUAAGAUAUUUUUGCAAGUGUAAGGAAUUAUUUAAGUGAAAAAAAGAAACAAAGAUAAAAAGCAGAGAGGAGAUUUUCAAUUAAUACUUUUGUAAUAUGGAUAACAAAUUGGAAUAAACCGUAUGUUAAUGAGAAAAUA